UGUCAGAUUUGGGACAUGCCUGCUUCCUGCUUUCCACAAGAUCCUGCCUAUAAGUUCCCUCCACUCCCUAGCCUCUCAUGGUCAAUUAGCUUUCCUGUGUUGAUUGUAUCGCAGUGGUCUUGUGGCGCCGAUUUGGACACCUCUCAUUCCGUGUCCCACAAUCAUGCGGUUUUGUUGAGUUCCGAGUUUACACCCACCGCAUUGUACCCAGUGUGCCGCUUAUCCAACGCUCUCAACAUGUCGUAUAAGAGCACCAUUCUCUGUCUCUUCGCCGUACUUCUGCAAUGGCAGUUGUGGAGUGUUGCUUCUGCAAUUGGCCUAGUUCCUCCCAGAGGAUAUAGCGUGGGAUUCACGGGAACCAUUGCGAAGGGUUCUCAGACAUAUGUCUGCAACCGCGGGUCUUGGACGAGGACGGGCUCUUCUUCUAAUCUGUACGCACAGGAUGGUUCAAAGCUUGGGACGUACCGGUCCGUCUACAAUGCGAAGACGCGGGUGGUGACGUAUUACUGGAACAUCAUCAACUCUGCAGGGGGCUAUUACGAAUCUGGCCAAUCUAUCAGCGGUCUGCAAGCUACGCUUGUGAAGUCCGUGAGGGUUUCUUCGUCCGCAAUCCCUGAGUACCUCGCCAUCGUGAAGGUCCAUCGCGGUUCAGGGGACGCUUCGCAGGUUGCGUUUGUUUCGCUCACGAGGACCAAGGGUGGUCUGCCUCCGCGCAAAGCUCUGUGCGCGUCCAACGGUGCCACAUCCGGCGUCCCGUUUGGGGGAACUUUCAAGUUUUACAACCAAGACCGUGAACCUCCUCGCAUGCCAGCCUCUAUCACCCCCAAAGCAACCUUCGUUCAAGUCGUGUUUCUGGAAGGAAAGGUGACGUACAAGUUCACCGGCGGGAAAUGGGUGUACCAGGGCAUUUUUGCCACCAUUGCCGAGGUCGCGGGCGGAAACGCUUUGGGCAAGUUUGGCACUGCCACGAGACCAGACCGAUACGGCAGCAAGACGAUGUGGCAGUUCAAGGGGCCUAGCGGAUACUGGCUGUCGGGACAAAUGUGCACCAGGCCCGUACGCAUGGAUGUUGAAGGGUUACCGUGGCAACUGCUGAAGAUCACCACAUCCGGAGGCGCCGAGAGCCCGAUGGGGAAAUACACGUACGCGUUGGUGGGCGGGACGCUAGGAGGUCUGGCGCCGAGGCUUGCACCGAGAGCCAGUGGAAUGACAUGGAGCUCUCCCUUCACGGCGCAGUGUUAUCUGUAUGUAGCUUAAGCUGGAGCACGAAGUCUGGUUGUGUGAGGGUAGUUGUGGGGUGCGGAUUCGGCGGUCGACAGGAACCCAGUGUGAUGCCGCCAUAGCAGUGGCAUAUGAUAUGUAGGAGCAGGAAAAAUUGCUUCCAACGGUGCGAGGUGAUCCUCCGGUGCCUGAUGGAGCUGGAUGGCCGCGGGCAUGGAGCUGUAGUACCGAACCAGGGAACAAUGGCAGCACGAGUCAAGCCUGAUGGUCCUCAAAUAAGCUGUUUCAGGGGAUGAUGCGGCACAGUUUCGCAUAAUUUUUUCUCAAGUGUUGCAGAGUUGGCAAUGUACCCAA